AUGAAAGUAAAGCAACAACGACCUUGUAGGUAUGUUGGGUCUAGUACUCCACAACCACUGCCACCGCCACCGCAAAUGAAAUCUCGUCCUCCACUUCCACCUCCAUCUCCACCUCCACCCCCCAUCAUCAAUGAUUUCGAUUGUGCUUUAAUAGCAUCCAAGAAGGUUGAGGUCUCUUGUCACUUCUCUUGUUCCUCCGUGGGUGGUACCACUUCCUUCAUUGCUUGCAGAAAUAAGAAGAAAAAGGCGGAUGAUACCACUAUAUUCAACAUCCCCAGAUCAUUAUUGCAUAAGAUAUUUCUUGGGAUACCAGCCCUGACCCUUAGGAGUAUGACCAAACGCGUUUGUAAAGAAUGGAAUGACAUAAUCUCGGACUCAGUCUUCGUCGGAGAUCACUCUAAACUUAAUCCAAGUGGAGGGUUUCUGGUUCAAAAGUUUGUACAUGGUAAAACAUAUCCAUCACAGUCCUAUUUCGCUGAGAUCGGUUAUGACACUAAUGCCGUAACCAUCCAUCCAGCAAACCUAGAAUUCAAAACCGUUAUUGCCAGUUCUGGAGGUUUUCUAUAUAUUGAAGAAUGUGCACCAACUCCAAAAUUCUCAAUUUUGGAACCUGUAAGUGGGAAAAAACUGAACCUACCCCCUUCACCAAAACCAGGUGCAAGUCUUAUGUUUUCAGGAUUUGCACAGGAUCGUAAUACUGGAAUAUACAAGCUUGUGCAUUUUUAUAGUGCCCCUGCCGGUGAAGGUUGUUUUGUCCUAACUCUUGGUGUCGAACGUCAGUGGAGACCUAUAGAUGAUCAACAUUUUAGAUACUACUCCAACCUAAAAAAAAAGACAAUCUCUGCUGGAAGAUAUGUUUAUUGUGCAACUUUCUUAUUUUGUUACUUUGAUAUCUUUACCUUCGACCUUGAAACUGAGGAAAUAUCUUAUUUCCCUACUACAUAUGUAGGGAAUGAUAUUAGCUACUAUUUGCUUCCCAUGGAAGAUUCCCUGUCAUUAGUGGUUGAUUGCAGAAAUUACAUAUGGGGAGUUUGGAAAUUUAAUAACUUUAACCGUCCUGUUUGGGAAAGGAUCUUAGAGAUCGAUUUAUCAGCGCUGAGACUUUUGAUUGAGAGAGAACUUUCACUACAACAAAAACGGGUAAAUAUGACCGCCAAUUUCCGGUCAUAUUUAACUAAAUUUGACUACCCGCUGUCAAAUUUAGCUAAAUUUGACCGGAAUUUGUUGGUCUUAAAUAGCUUAGUGGAAUUUAACAUUUUCGGUCAUAUUUAA